AGUGGGUGGAGCUCUUAGUCUUGUUAUAGAGAGCUUUUUAUUAUGCGCAUAACUUAUAACUAAGGUGCGUGGGACAACGGAAAUAAAUAUCACAUAUCAUAGUUAGUUUUGUCUUAAUUAAAGGUGACACCCGAGACAGAAAAAGAAAUAUACGCAAACGGUUAGUGGUUUCCGCACCCCCUGUAGGCGUGACACGCUGGAUUAUUCAUUCACAAAACCCUGGGCGCGUACAGACGUUCUCUUUAUGGCCUCCAUUAGCUCACGGUAGCUAUGCACGUUCAUAGGCUCCGCCCCCUUUCUCCUCCCGUACUUCAGUCAAGCUUUACUCUUCCGCUGCAUACGCGAACACCAGAUCGCCAGGCGCCUCCAAGAACAGAAAAUAUUCUUGAGAGGAUCUGUGUGUGUUUGUGUAGUAGUCUCGAUGAGAGAGAGAGAGUAGGAGAAGAUUGUGACUAAAUAGACACUAACUGGGAUUUCUAAAUCCUACUUGGGCUGAAUUUUUAUUCAGCCUUGCUAGGAAGGCUGUAAAAACGGCGGCCGUCGCGCUGUCUGCUUCGACUCCAGAGUCCCCCCGACAUAUUCCAGGGCCGUAUGAGGCAGCACAUUGAGGGUACUGCCACCAGGGCUGCUGGUGCCGCACAGGUUUCUCAACAGUUUCCAUCCAAUUUUUCUUGUGAUCACAGAACCAGUAAACCAGUGCGACGGCGCACGAUGUCCUCAUGGCUCCUUCUUAGCAUAUUUGUAGUUAUCUUAGGUUCAUUGGUUAGCAGCGCAUCGGCGCAACGUAGAGGCGAUGACCGACGAGGCGAUGACCGAAGAGGAGAUGUGUCGGACGUGAGACCAAGGGGAGGCGACCCCAACGACCCCCGGGAGUGUGGCGGCUGCACCACGUCAGGAGGAUGCAAAUGUUUGGGAGAGAAAGGAUCCAGGGGUCCCCCUGGUAUUGCCGGCCCCUCCGGACCCCAAGGUAACCAAGGAUUCCCCGGACCAGAAGGUCUGAUUGGUCCCAAGGGAUUGAAAGGAGAACAUGGACCCCCUGGCCCUCCAGGAGAGAAGGGAGCUCGG